GGGAGCUUCUGUCUGUAUUUAUAUUUUCGACGGACCAUGCGGGGUCGGGGCGACGCCACUUCCGAGAGAAAUUCCGGUGAGACGAUCGAGUGAUCGAGAAGACGGAGGAGAAAUUAUGAUUCCAAUUUUUUGAUUUGAUUGCUUCAAUUUUGGUUUAAUGCUUUAAGCUUUGCUUUAAUAGAUGAAGAACCAUAUCCUCACGGCUCCUUAUAGCACACGGCUUCUCUCCACAGACACUCCAGGAGAUUGAAGGGGGAAACUAUGGAAGUGUCAGGCAUUUCUAAGAAUAUUAGGAAAGGAUGGAUUGAUCCAGACUCUAAAGAAGAUGACUAUGAGCCUAAUGUUGUGAGAGCCACGCACAGACGUUCUCGGGGAAGUAUUAAAAAAUUAGUGAAUAUAGCCACUGUGAUGAACAAGUGUGAAGGUUCAUUCUGCAGAAGUGCCUCAUCAUCUCCUAGCAUUCAUUCAGAUCCUUCUUAUUAUGAGGAACAAAGUGAGGAGGAGGAGGAGGAUGUGGAACAAGCGUACAAUCCAGAAUGUUCAUCAAGAAAGAGUGUGUUAAGUCGAAAUAAUAAUAAUAAUAAUAAUAAUAAAGCUCAUAAUAAGAUAAGCUCACAGAAGCAUGAGUUUUCUCCCUGCAAGAAACAGUUAAGAAGGAAGCCUGCUGAAAAGAGAAUAAGAUACGAAGAGCAAAAAGAGCUGGGGAAUGGUACGAAGUCAGAUGCACAGUUGCAUCAAAAGAGAAGCACUUCAAAGAGGAAAAUGAAAUUUAUGAUGGACGAGGCAGAGGACGGAAGUGAAGAGGAAUGGGGAAGAAUCAAAACCCCGCGACCAUCAUUUGUUAUUGAAAGAACUCAGAAAACUCAUGAAUUUGAAAGUUCACCUACUAACAGAAGGUCAUUAAAGCGUGCUGCUGCAUCAUACAGAAAAUAUAAUCUUGAUCAUGAUUUUUAUGUUGGUGAGUGGGAUGAUGAAGAUGAUGAUGUUGAUUAUGAUGAAGAUUUGGCCCCAAUAACAAAGACAACUCAGGUUAGUAAUAGUGGUUUACAACAUGAGGUGGUUGCCAUUGAAAGGGAUGAUUCUAAUGCUUGUGACACAAGAAAAAAGAAAGAUUCUAGGCAGUUCUCCUCUAGUUCUUCAUCUUCAUCGUCUUCCUUAUCUUGUUUGACAGUAUCAAAGCGUGACAAGAAGAUUGAUCAUCAGGCAAGAAGGAUUGUACCGUCAGCAAUGUGCCAUCAAUGUCAAAGGAGAGAUAGAAGAGUCGUUAUUGCAUGCAGCAAGUGCAAACAAAAUCUAUACUGCAUUCGGUGCAUCAAGCAGUGGUAUCCUGGACUGGAAGAGGAAGACAUUGCAGAGAUUUGCCCUUUUUGUCGUGGAAAUUGCAAUUGUAACAACUGUUUACACUUGAGUGGCUUCAUCAGGACAUCAAGAAGAAGUCUCACCGGUGCUGAAAAGCUCCAACAUCUCUGCUAUUUGGUUGAUAAACUUCUUCCCUUCCUCGUACAAAUCCGUAGAGAACAGGAUCUGGAGAUAGAGAUAGAAUCUCUUAUCCAAGGUGUCCAUCCAUCUCUAAUUGAGGUCAAACAGUCAACAUUUUACAAAGACGAGAGAGUGUACUGUAAUCAGUGUUCAACUUCAAUAGUGGAUCUUCAUCGAUGCUGCCCGGGCUGUUCCUUUGAGCUAUGUCUGCGUUGUUGUGAUGAAAUUCGAAAUGGGAAGUUUCCAGGGUGUCCUGUAAGAGAAAUUGUCAAAUAUAAAGAUAAAGGAUAUGAAUAUAUGCACGGUGGUGAGCCACAACCAGAAGCUACUAAUGAUGUAGAGAAGUCAUUGUUAGAUAAUUAUAAUGAAACACCAAUGACUGAAUGGGCUGUCAAAGGUGAUCGCAAUAUAAGCUGUGCUCCUAAAGAAAUGGGUGGAUGUGGAAGUGGUGUGUUGGAGCUCAAGCGUCUCCUUCCAACAGAUUGGAUCUUCAAUUUGGAAGCAAAAGCAAAAAGUGCUUUGAGUAAAUGCGGAAGGCGUGUCUUGCAGACAACUGCCAUUAAUAAAACUAACCCUGAGAAGUUGCGCAGAGCAGCAGACAGAGAAGGUUCGAAUGACAACUACUUGUAUUGCCCAACUGGUAGGGAUGCUAUGGACGAGGAAGAGUUUCACCAGUUUAGGAGUCAUUGGGGUAGGGGUGAACCUGUGAUUGUUACAGGUGUCCUUGAGCAGACAGUUGGAUUAAGUUGGGAACCAAUGGUAAUGUGGCGAGCAUUAUGUGAGAACAGAAAUCCAAAAAGCAUCAGUUCAAUUAUGUCAGAAGUGAAAGCUAUUGAUUGCUUGGCUGGGUGUGAGGUUCCAGUUUAGACCGUGGAAAUUGAUUGAUGUGUUUCAAUCAGGCUCCGAGUAAAAAGCGAUUGUUCUCGAUCUGGCCUGAGAUUGAGAGUCGACAUUGUCUUAAUUAAAGGAACUGAAACUAGUUUGGAAUUUGGAUCAGUACAACAAUAACAACAUCCAAGCCUUAGUCCCAAAAGAUAUUGGGGUUGGCUAACAUAAAUCGAUACAUGAUAUCACCAAAAGGAAAAGAAAGAAAAUAAAGAUAAAAGGUAAGCUAUUAUAAAAAGAUACUCCCUCCGUCUCCCUUAUAUUGUCCCGUUUUACCUUUUCGUGAAGUCCCACUAAUAUUGUCCCUGGUAAAGUUUGUGCGGCUCAAAAUCAUUCUUACUUGAAAACUCCUACUUGCUACAAUGAUUGGAGGGUUUGUGUGCAAGAACAAUAACCACUCCAACAAGGAAGCACAAAUUCAUGUAUAUAUCAGAGCUAUAGAGCUUUGAUUGUAUAUGUUGAAAAUCCAAUUCCGCCUUUAGGACAGAUAGGGGAUGAAAUGGCCAUUAUAUAUUUUAACAGAAAAGGAUGACAUUGUAUGCAUGAGUCCUCCAGAACCAAUCAAAUGGAGAAUGUAGGUUGAGCUUUGAUCGUACUUUAAUAUAAAGAAAAUGUUGUUACAUCUCAACUCAUUGCUUGAAGUUAAAUUCGGGAUCUCUCUUGUGACACUUCCAUCCUACCAGGUGAGCUACGCCCCCCAGUUUGUUAAAUUUUAGCAAUGUCAUGUUGCAAGUUGGAAAAAAGACGUAUAAGUUUCUUCCUUCAAAUCUACCCUUAUAUCAUUUGUCCAACAUUAACGUUUUGGAAUUUCACAAUUGGGCCACUAUGUUUUUAAUCUUCUAAAAACAUAGUCAAUUAUGUCAAUAUAGGAUAUCAUUUUUAAUCCCAUCUCUAAUUGGAAAACCCAUAAUUGCUUCAACAUUGAUAACUUUUGUCGUGCGAGAAUAGCAAUUACUCCGAUAAAGUUACACAAUUUCAUGUUUCAAUUGGAGUUUUAUAUUCUCUAGAUUGCAUAUGUUUUAAUCUUGCCCAUCAUUGAAAAUCCAAGUUCACCGUUUGGAACAAGUAAGGGGUGAAAUGGCCAUUGUUGGUGUGCGAGAAUAGCAAUUACUCCGAAAAAGUAACACAAUUUCAUGUUUCAAUCAAAGUUCUAUAUUCUCUAGAUUGCAUAUGUUUUAAUCUUGCCCAUCAAUGAAAAUCGAAGUUCACCAUUUGGAAAAAGUAGGGGGUGAAAUGGCCAUUGUUAGUGAAUAAUGUCAUGCAUGUGCGGAAAACUCUUAAUUCCUUCAAUGGUUAGAGGGUUAAGUUCACAUUGAUAGCUGUGUGUAGUUGUGCAAGAAUGCGACUCUGAUAAGACACAAAUUCAUGUAUCUAUCAGAGCUCUAGAUUCUCUAAACUACCUAUGUUUUAAUUUUGCCCCUCAUUUAAAAUCCAGGUUGGUCACUUGGAGCAAGUAGGGUGUGAAAUGACAAAUGUUAAAUUUUUGCGAACAAUGUUAUGCAUUAUGCAUGAAAAUGUUAUGACAACCCCUUAAUUGCUUCAAUGAUUAAAGGGUUUACUCAAUCUCAAUUAAACUUUUUCGGCAUUGAUAACUUUGGGUUGUGCGAGAAUAGCAGUUACUCCGAUAAGGUAACACACAUUCAUGUAUCUAUCAGAGCUCUAGAUUCUUUGGACUGUACAUGUUUUAAUAUUGUCCCUCGCUAAAAAUCCAGGUUUGCUGCUUGGAUCAAAUAGGGGGUGAAAUGGCCAUUGUCAAAUUUUAGUGAAUAAUGUCAUGCAUGUGUCAAGAGAUAGUUUGGGAAAAAGUUGGAUAAGCUUUUUCCUUUAAAUUUAUACGUAUAUCAUUCACCAAUAAUUAUGCUAAUAAGGUAAUCACGUUUUGGAAUUUCAUAAUUAGAGUAAUUACUAUCAUGCUUGAAAAAUACUACUACCAUAUGUGAAUAUUGUAAUCACAAAAUACAAUCAUAAAUAUCUUUUAUGGCUGCUUACCAUGAUCAAGGUAUGCGUAUGAAUAGGGAGCCCCCCACCCCAACUUUUUUUAAUUUUUGUUGUAGUAAUAUUGGUUGGAUAUGAAAUAAUCAGAGAAGAUUGAGUCAUAACUAUCUAAUAGAAGUCUCCAUUUAAUUAUUUUGUGGAAAUCAAUUAAAUAAAUUAUGAAAAAACACUGUGUUAUAUAUAUAUAUAUAUAUAUAUAUAUAUAUAUAUAUAUAUAUACACAAAUGAUCCUGUCCAGACGUCCGGACAGGAACCGCCG